AUGAUCUCCCACCGCAACGCAAUCGCGAAUAUAAUGCAGAUUGUGACCUACGAAAGCACCUACCAGUCUCAAGAGCCCGAGCUGUGCCUUGGUGUGCUCCCGCAAAGCCACAUUUACUCACUCGUUGUUGUAUCGCAAGCAAGCAUUUGGCGCGGGGACGGAGUGGUUGUGUUGCAGGGAUUCGAACUCGAACAAACGCUUCUUGCCAUACAGGACAACAGGAUCAAGAGAUUGUGGUUGGUGCCCCCCAUGCUGGUGGCAAUCACUAAAGCCCCCCGUAUAGUGGAGUCGUACGACCUCAGCAGCGUCAGCAUCGCAGCUGUUGGCGCGUCUGGGAUCUCCAAGGAUGUCAUGAAGACAUUCGGCGAAUUGCUUCCUCAUUGCAAGAUUAUCCAAGGUUACGGAAUGACAGAGACAACCGGAGUGGUAUGCUUUGGCAACGUAGAGGAUCCCAUGACCGGAUCUUGUGGCCAUCUGUACCCAGGAUACGAGGCCAGGCUCAUUGACAGUGAAGGCAAAGACGUGGACUCUCACAACACCCCCGGCGAGCUGACCCUUCGCUCCCCAUCCGUCGUCUUGGGGUACUACAACGACGAGUUGGCUACUUCGGAAGCCAUCGUUGACGGAGAGUGGCUGCGCACUGGAGACUUGGUAGAGAUUCGCAAAAGUCAGAGGGGCCAUGAACAUAUCUUCGUCGUUGAUCGCGUCAAAGAAUUGAUCAAAGUCAGGGGCCUGCAAGUCGCACCAGCCGAGUUGGAGUCCCACCUGAUACUUCAUCCUGCCGUGGCGGAAGUAGCCGUUGUUCCUGUGCCUGACGAUCGAGCCGGUGAGCUUCCGCGGGCGUAUAUAGUGAGAGCCAGCGGAGCACGUACCGACGUGGAAGCGUUGCGAAAAGAGCUGAGCAAUCACAUCGAAGAGAAUUUUGCUCGACACAAGCACUUAGACGGGGGUGUUGAGUUCCUGGAUAGUCUGCCAAAGACCGCCAGUGGGAAGAUGCAGAGAAAAACACUGAAAGAAAAAGCGAAGGCUGAUGCGGAGGCUCGUAAGCAGGCCAAACAGAAGGCUGCAAAUGGCAUGCAUAGCGUUCACGUCAACGGUGUGAAGCGGCCAGAGAAGAUUGAAAUAUUUGACCUCAGCUCCGAUGAAGAGGAUGACUAG